CCUCUUAGAGAAACUUGCCGUGUCAGGUACGCGCCCCUAAGAAUUCAGGGGCCAACUCCGCGUAUUGCAAUACACGACUCCUCAAUGCAUUCUAUAAGUAGUUCAGGAAUAAAGACAAAUAAUUCUUGGUCUUUUCUCAUUAUCUGCUCUUAACCUUGUUUUUUCUCUAGUCUGUCAAUUCUUUCAUUGCAUUUCCUUCUCUUUCUCAUCCAUUUACCUGUCAUUACGGAAUAGAACGCACUCAUUUGCAUUAGACUUCAAACUCCACAAUCGUUUUCCACCAUUAUCACUCUCUCAAAACAGCAUCAUGGCAGGUUUCACUUUCUACAAUUAUGAGCCCUCCUUACCAGCGGCCGCCAUAUUUGUCAUCAUCUUCACCACCGCCGCUCUUAUUCACAUGUGGCAAAUGUUCCGGCAUCGAACAUGGUACUUUAUCCCAUUUCUCAUCGGCUGUCUCUUUGAGGCGUUUGGCUACGUGGGCCGUGCGCUCUCCGCAAACGAAGCUCCAGACUACACCAAGAACCCGUAUAUCAUGCAGUCGAUAUUGCUUCUCCUCGGUCCUGCCCUCCUCGCCGCGUCUAUUUAUAUGAUCCUGGGCCGGUUGAUAGUCCUUCUAGAUGCCGGCCACUUAUCGCUGAUUCGAACGAAGUGGCUGACCAAGGUUUUCGUUAUCGGCGACGUGCUAUCCUUCCUGGCACAGAGCGGCGGUGGCGGUAUGCUCGCUUCAGCAAAGAACAAAGAUAGCGUUAAAAUGGGUGAGAACAUGAUUGUUGGCGGAUUGCUCAUUCAGAUCCUCUUCUUUGGCUUCUUCAUGGUUGUCACUGUCGUUUUUCACAUGCGAAUUCGCUCUCGCCCAACAUCUCGAUCUCUUGUCUUGAACACUCCUUGGGAGAAGCUGAUCUUCAUCCUCUAUGCUUCGAGCGUUUUUAUCCUCGUUCGUUCUGUUUUCCGUGUCGCGGAAUAUGUUCUUGGCAAAGACGGGGCGCUACAGGCACAUGAGUAUUGGAUAUACAUCUUUGAUGCGACGCUCAUGUCCUUUGUUGCUAUCCUCUUUAAUCUCUUCCACCCUAGCCAAGUUAUCAACGUUUUGGGGGACGAAAAGCCUAGGUAUACGGUGGAUGAGUAUCCCUUGCAUAGCGUAUAGUUUCCUCAAGACUUACGGGGAGCUUCAGUAGGGAUGUGAUAGGGCGUUCCUGUUAUUGGAGAACGGGAAGUAUAAUCAGAUGCAUGUAUAAUAGAUAAA